AUUGCUAAGAGACAAGUCCUCUUAUGAUGUCACAGUAACUCAGGACCAUGGUGAUGGCUGACAUCAGCUAGUCUUGUGUAAGUCUACUAAAGCAACAUUUGAGGCCUCAGUUCUCAAAACCAGGCAGAAGCCAAAGAAAAAUUUAUUUGAGAUGGCCCAGGUUCCCUCAGAAGUUCAAGGUGUCUCUCCUCAGAGUGGAACAACUGAUUCAGAAAACACCACUGAAGCUCCAGGCUGGUAUCCCACAAUUGAUAAUGACUUGGAUUUAAGGUCUGUAGUUGAAGAAAAUGCCUUUCAAGCUUUAUCUGAAGGACCCUUGAUAAAAAGACCACGCUAUACACUUUGUAUGUCUGACACCCCAGAAGGGAAUGAUUUUGUUUCUCUGACCUUUCCUGUAAAACUUUGGAAGAUAGUUGAAAGUGAUCAAUUUAAGUCAAUUUGGUGGGACGAAAAUGGGACUUCUAUUGUGAUAAAUGAAGAAUACUUUAAGAAAGAAGUGUUGGAAAGAAAGACCCCUUUUAAGAUAUUUGAAGCAGACAGCAUGAAAAGUUUAGUUCGACAGCUUAACCUUUAUGGAUUUAGAAAAAUACGACAAGAUUUCCAAAGCUCUGCAUCCCUGACUGACUUUCUGGAAGAAGAAAACAACAUACCUGUUUUUAGCAAGGUAUUCAACAUAUUCACUUACAACUAAUGUAGGCAUCACAACUAAGUUUAGUUUGUACCUCACUUAAUAUAUUUAUUUAUGGAGUAAGACACAAAGUUUAAAAUUAGCUGGAUCAACAUUAAAUUUUUAUGAGAAGAAAGUUUGAAAUUCAAAAAUAUAAGCAAUGUUACUAGUUAUUUUGAAUCUUAUCAAUGAGCUCCACACAAAGAAGUUAAGGUCAGUUUAGUGGAACGGUUAUCAUAUUUAAAUGU